AUGCUGCAGAUGAGGUUUAGAGUUUCUCUCUUGCUCCUUGUAUUGAUGGCCAGGUGUGUUGCACAGGAAGAAGCACAAAAUAAAGCCUGUGUUUGUGGAUACCCUGGAAUACCAGGGGACCCUGGACACAACGGUUCACCUGGCAGAGACGGCCGGGAUGGACAAAGAGGGGAAAAGGGGGAUCAAGGUGAAAUUGGCCCUGUUGGACGACCAGGCAGCGACGGCGUCAGAGGAGGAAAAGGAGAGCCUGGUGAACUUGGCCCAGCUGGGCCCAAAGGGAAAAGAGGAGAUAAUGGAGAAAAGGGUACUCCUGGGAAAAUGGGGCCUCAAGGUGUCCAAGGGCCCAUUGGCAUGAAAGGAAAUAAGGGAGAGCUUGGGCUGCCUGGACCCCUAGGAGAUAAAGGGGAUUUGGGGCCUCUUGGACCAGAGGGUCCCAAGGGAGAGAUUGGCCUUCGAGGUGACAGAGGUAUUCUGGGACCAUUAGGACCUCCCGGCAGGCCAGGGUCUAAAGGGGAAAUCGGUGUUCCAGGUCACAAAGGCAACAUUGGUUAUCGCGGUGAGAGAGGAACUCGAGGGGAGAGAGGUGAUAAGGGCGAGAAGGGAGAUGCUUUUCUUAUCUCUAAAAGUGCCUUCUCUGUGGGACUCACAACAGUUUCUAAACUCCCAGCAGCUAACGCACCCAUCCGGUUUGACAAGAUUAUUUACAAUCAGCAGAAUCACUACGAUCCACAAACCGGCAGAUUCACAUGCUCUGCAGCAGGAGCCUACUUCUUCACCUACCACAUCACUGUCUUCUCCAGAAAUGUGAAGGUGGCUCUGGUGAAGAAUGGUGCAAAGAUCAUCCACACCACAGAUAACUACCAGAGCGGUGAGGAUCAGGCAGCAGGGGGUGCUGUGCUGCACCUGGAUGUGGGGGACAGGGUGUGGCUGCAGGUGGCAGGAGGAGAGCUGUUCAAUGGGCUCUUUGCUGAUGAAGAUGAUGACACCACCUUCUCUGGCUUCUUAAUAUUUGGGGUUUAAAUCAGCUGCUGGUGUUAUUUCUGGUUUCAUAAAUGUUUUAAAAACUAGAAAUCUGUCAGGAGGGAUCAACUCCUCUGCCUCUUAGUCGGUGGAAUGCAUCUCAGAACAUUUUAUACUGUGGACCUUACAAACCAAAUUUAAAGGACUGAAGCUCUACCUGAGUAUUUCCUCUACAUGCAGCCACUUUAUUUAAGGACACCUCAUCCCUUUAAAUCCACAGCUUUUAUUUGACUUGGCAAUUUUCAUGCAAAACAUUGGAGAGGCUUAAAAAUACAACAACAUACAAAUAGAUUUACUACCAAGAAUAAAAUAACUCAAAAUGUCUAUCUUUACUUACAAGGAAAAUAAAACACCUCAUAAGGGACUCGGUGUUAACAAAGUGCCCUAAGUGGACAUGCUUCAGUACAUUUUAUUUAGUGAAUUUCACUUCCUCAAGCGCUGGACUUAUUUUGCUCUUAAAUCAAGAAAACAAAGAUUGUUUUUACAUUUUAAUGGAUUCAUUUAUCUCAACAUCUCUAGAAAACAACACUUGUUUUUAUCGUGAUACAGGGAUAAUUUUCUAACAUAAAGAAAACAAAACAGGGCUGAUAACUGUGACAGACCAAACCACGACAUGCCAUGUUAUCAUUUUCAUGUCAGUGUUUGUUUUGUGCUUUUGCAGCUCUGGGGAUACAACUUAUGAUUAUCAGAUAUUAAGUCCAGAUCUUGAGAAAAACUGAACGACUGUACAAAUUAAAUCAACUUGUUUUCUCAGUAAAGUGGAGUAAAAAAUGUCCAGGACUCCCAUAAUAAACAAAAUAUAUUAGACUGACAGGGGCAGACUAGUUUCCCUUUGAUUUAUUUCUUUUUUUUAAACUCUAUUCUUCUCGUAUUAAACUCUCAUACUUUAAAUUAAUUGAAUUGUGUCUCAUUCAUAAUAAUUUUUGCCUGUUUUUGUUAAUGAACUAUCAUGUGAACUCGCUGGUAAUCAAAAGUAGCCUAACUCUUUUGAAAAGAGAGCAUCCGGGGAAAUAAAACCAUACACAUUGAAUGGAAAGAGUCAUGACUCUCAUUUACCUGCUUAGUGUGUUUUUCUUGUACUAUUGUGUGACAUGGAUCAUUUUCUGACAUAGAAAACAAAACAGGGCUGAUAACUGUGACUGACGAAACCACAACAUGCCAUUCUACCAAGUUCAUUUGAGUUUUUGAUUUGUGCUUUUGCAGCUCUGGAGAUAGGAGUUAUGAUAAUCUGACAUUAAGUCCAGAUCUUAAGGAAAACUGAAGGACUGAAAAACUUAAAUUAACUUGUUUUCUCAGUAAAGUGGAGUAAAUAGGCUAGACAAAUUAUAGGCAUAUUUGAGUGACAGAAGUAGACUAGCUUCACUUUGAUUUCUAAAACUCUUCUUUUCUUAUUAGACUCUCAUAUUUUGAAAUAAUUGAAUUUUGUCUAAUCAAUUUUAUUUUUU